GCGCCGAAACACCGAUAGACACUCAGACGAAAGAGCCAUGGCGGCCAUGGGUGGAGGGAAAAUUAGAAGCAGGAGAUAUCAUAUCGCCUCUAAACCUUACGCCAAGAGUAAACAGCAGUCAGGCCUCAUCAGUCGAGUGACAGACACAGUAAAGAGCAUCGUUCCAUCCUGGCUGCAGAAAUACUUUAAGAAUGAAGAUGUUCCUGAAGGAGGAGGAGCUGUACUGGGGACAAACCAGAACUGCCAGCUGCCACCGCCUCCUCCUAAUGGCAGCGAAGAGGGACCUCUUCCCCUUGAUGGACGUGACUCCCCAGAGCCAAGCACCAGUAACACAGAGCCCUCAACCAGCCGGGCAUCCCUGAACUUUCAGGAGUAUGUGCUUUCUCGACCUCCUCUCAGUCGCUCCCAUCUCCACUUCCCCCCGCUGGAUGCCUCUGGAACCAUGGGGGCUUCCAGCAGCCUUUUCUCUCAGCCCUCCACCUCCUCAGCGCAUGGACCCUUUUCCACAGGCUUCUCCUUGGUCAAAGAAAUUAAGGACAACCUCUCGCAGCAUGAAGAUGACAACAUCUCCACCACUAGCGGCUUCUCCUCCCGCGCCUCUGACAAAGAUGUCCCCACUUCCAAAACGGCAUCACUUCCCCAACUUUGGUCCCCAGAGACAGACAGAACAAACUCUGGGCCUCAGUCUGCUCAGUCCAGUCUGAAAAGGCCUGCUUUCAACCUGUCUGUGUUUGGAACUUCCUCCAGUUCGACAUUCAACAACACAGCGCUAAACUCCAGCCAGCUUGGAGAUUCACCCUUCUACCCCGGGAAGACCACGUACGGUGGGGCAGCUGCGGUCAGGAGUGCUCGCUCUCGUCCUGGAACACCGUACCAGGCCCCAGUGAGGAGACAGAUCAAGGCCAAGCCUGCUGGUGCUCAGCCCUGUGGGGUGACCAGUGCUACAGCCAGACGCAUCCUGCAGUCUUUGGAGCGCAUGUCAAGCCCUCUUGCUGAUGCCCGGAGAAUCCCAGCAGCAGCCUCGUCCCCUCUGUCAACAUCAAUGGAUGGUACAAAUCUCGAUGUUUCACAUUUCCAGUCGAAAAAGAAACGGAUGGAUUCCAACCUCCCACCGGUACAGAAGCUGGUGGUUCCUGCUGCAGUGUCUGCGUCAGGAAACCGCUCCGUGUCCUUCAGGCCCACUUUGACUCCUGGAGGAGUGAGCCGACCUCUGGACAGGACCCCAAGAGAGACGCCGACAAGACAAUCACCGCAACUACCUGAAACAACCCCAGGUCCAUCUCAAAGCACAAUGGGUUCCGGUGGCCCAGCCUACCCUCUGUCCAGCACGCCUGCAGCCAGCAGCGUGAGCUUUGGAGGAGGCAAGAUGAAGAGAGAAAGGACCACUGCACGGCCUUCCUCUAAACGCCCUGACGAGGAAGAAGUGGCAGAGGUACCAGACCUCCCAACCAUUUCACUUCCCAUCAGCACCUCCGCCUUGCCCACCUUCAGCUUCACCUCCCCUCUUCCGCCUCUCACCACCAUCAACACCACCCCCAAUGUCACACCUCUAACUCCUGCUAAGGAAACAGCUACAAACGAGGAGCCACCAACAGCCUCCACACCUCCCUGUCUACCUUUUACAUUUUCCUCCCCUAUUGUCAAGGCAACUGCUGCUAGUCCCCCUUCCUUUUCCCCCUCAGCUGGAUUCACUUUUAGUGCCCCUGUAGCAAAGUUGGGUCCCUCCAUGUCCAACGGGAAGCUGGCCACUCCCAUAGUGGCAGCAGCAAAGCCAGCAGCAAGCAAAAGCACAGAAGAUUUUGACGGCCCUUUCAAACCAGCUAAGACCCUGAAGCAGGGCAGUGUGCUGGAUCUUCUCAAAGCACCUGGCUUUGCCUCUCCUGUUGCUCGGACUUCCCCAGGCCCAGACAACACUCCGCAGCAGACCUCCACACAAUCCACCGCCCCCUCCUCCUCUACAACCACCUCCUCCCUGUCUUCAUCGACAGGGUUUGGUGAUUUGUUCAAAGCCCCACCAGGCUGGAGCUGUGAUGUCUGCUUGGUGCAGAACAAGCUGUCAGACACCAAGUGUGUUUGCUGUAUGUCCCCACAGCCCAAUUUGUCCUCAUCCAAAUCUAUAGACAGUAAACCUUCACCCGCCACCUCGGUUGGGCUAGAGAGCAGCGGCACGAACACCUCCUCCACCACCACAACCACCACAGGUUUUGGCACAAUGUUCUCCAAACCCGCAGGAACUUGGGACUGUGAUACGUGUCUUGUUCUAAACAAACCCGAUGCAGUAAAGUGUGUGGCCUGCGAAACGGCCAAACCAGGGACGGGGCUCAAACCCUCACUGACUCUUCCAUCUGCCUUCUCAGCUGUUAAGACUGUACCCACCCCCACAGCCCCUGUUUCUACAGGGUUUGUAGGAUUUGGAGACAAGUUCAAAAAACCUGAAGGAGCUUGGGAAUGUGAUACGUGUAUGGUAGAAAACAAGGCAGAGGACACAAAGUGCGUUGCCUGCAUGACCGCCAAACCAGGAGCAUCAACAGGAGCUUCAGUUGAAUCAUCUUUUUCAGCCAGCACUGCUCCAGUGUUUGGUUUGGGAGAUGCAUUCAAGAAGCCAGAGGGUGCCUGGGAUUGUGAUGUCUGUCUUGUGCAGAAUAAGGCUGCUGAUGUACAGUGUGUUGCCUGUCAAGCAGCCAAACCUGGAGCUAAAGUGGAGCCCAAAGCUUUUGGUUCAUCUUUUGGUUCAUCAGUUGGUGGGACUUCAGGUUCAUCUACAUUUGGCUCUUCAACCUCUAGUUCUGGAGGUUUUAAGUUUGGCACAUCAGACAGUACCUCUGGAUCAGGAUCUGGAGGUUUCAAGUUUGGAGGCUCAUUGUCGGAGUCUUCCUCUUCAUUGUCAGGUGGAUUCAAGUUUGGAGUGCCAUUUGCAAACUCCUCUUCAGAAGCCACUUCUAAAGACACUACUUCAGGGUUCAAAUUCGGCAGCUCAUCGGAGGGCUUUAAAUUUGGGACUGCCUCUAGUGAUGACAAAAAGUCAGACCAACCUGCUGCAGGUACUGGGUUUAAGUUUGGAGCCAGCAGUGGGAUAGUGUUUGGAACUGGAUCAUCUAACACGGAAAGUACCGCCUCUAAGGGCGGCUUCACCUUUGGACUGUCAAAACCCGAAGAGAAAAUAUCAGACACCACCACCACCACCUCAUCUUCUGUUAGUUUCACUCCUUCUGCUUCCUCUCAAGAGAAGAGUGACAUUGUGGCAUCAUCAAAUGACACCACAUCAACAAACAGCAACUCAACCGCCAACACAACUACCACCACUAGGUCUGUAUUUGGAAGAUUGGGCGAGCCAACUUUGACGACCACGACACCACAAGGAGGCUCUAUGUUUGGAUCCUUACAGGCAGACAAAGAGCCAGCUGCUCCCACAUUUACCUUUGGGAAGCCAGAGGAAAAGAAAGAAGCCGCUGCGUCCUCUGCUCCGUCUGCCUUCGUUUUCGGUGCUGCUAGUAAAGAUGCAGAUGCUGCGCCAGCACCGGCCACAGCAGGAGGCUUUUCCUUUGGCAAGCCCAGUGCUCCAGCUGAGCAACCUCCACCCGCAUUCACUUUUGGCAAGCCUGCAGACAAGAAUGAAACAUCUACUGCAGAGGCCCCGAAGCCCUCUUUUACCUUUGGACAAAGUGCUACAGAUUCUUCCGCUGCUCCAAAACCUGCAUUUUCCUUUAUGGGUAGUAAUCCCACCAACACCACCAAGUCCACCACCUCGUCCUCCUCCAUCCCAACCCCAAGUCUGUUCGGCAACACCACCACCACCAGUAGCAGCAGCAGCAGCUCCACUCAGGCUCCAGCUCCCUCUGCAGCUCCUAGCACUUUCAUGUUCGGUCAGCCUGCUGCAAGCUCCGGUGAUGCUCCUCCAGCUAAAGCAGCCUUCGUCUUUGGCCAAAGUCAGGACAGCCAGCCACCUGCCCCGUCAGCUGCCCCUCUGAACUCUGCUCCGGCCCCAGCUCAGCCCUUCAUCUUUGGUGCUCCUGCCAGUGCUGCUCCUCCUGCUGCUGCUCCAUCCUUUGGUUUUGGAGCAGCAGCACCCUCUGCUGCCUCAUCCUCAGUAACAGCUCCAUCUGCAGCCCCCUCCCCAUUUGCAUUCAGCUCGGCUCCCUCUAGUGGAUUCGGAGCCAACCAGACUCCUUCGUUCGGCUCAUCCUUUGGAUCCCCUUUCACAGCCACGCCUUCCCAGACCCCGGCCUUUGGAGCCAAACCCAACACCACCCCUGUCUUUGGACAGCAGGCCAACUCCACACCUGUAUUCGGGGCGACUACUAAUUCUGCACCAGGUGGAGGCUUUCAGUUUGGAGGAGCCAGUGCAUUUGGAGCCACAAACAACACCUCAGGUGUGUUUACGUUCGGUGCAGGAGCAGCAGCGUCUCCUGCUCCCCCUGCCAACCCCUCCAUCGCACCGCAGUCAGGAGCACCUGGAGGUGGAUUCAACUUUGCACAACCCCCUGCAUUUAAUAUUGGGUCAACGAAAUCCUUUAGCGCCUCUCCUGCUGGACAGCAAGCGAUCGCCGGGCGCAAGAUCAAGACAGCAGUGCGGCGCAGAAAGUAGAGCCCUGUGGACUCGACCGGACAGUAGACUUGACUUUGACUUGACUGUAUCCCCUCUGAGUAAAGUCCUGGAAGGUCUUAACUGGACAAACACUGAAAUGACUUGGCAUGUGACUGGGCCAAGGCUUGGGCCCACUAUGUGCUCCUAUGGGCUGGACAGGUGGACGUAUUUUAGCUGUAGGCGGGCCUUUCACGUGUAGACCAGAGCCGUUAUUAUGUGAGACCAUCCCACGAGACUUCCCCAUUAAAAGAACUGUUGACCGAACAAUGACACUGACUUAGAAAACAACAACAAUCAAGCAAGGACCCCUGCUGAACAUGAUGAAAAACAAGCAAGACAGUCAUAUCUAUAUUUUCAACACCGGCAAAUGUCUGCUAGAAUUUAGGCAUGACUUUUUGUAAUAAAAUUACAAAGG